UCAACCUGUUCUUCGUGACACAAGAUGACGGCGAACUACAAAGCCCUGGGGCCGAACCAUGUGGAUGUGGCCAACCGGCAACGGUCUGCGUUACUGCGCACGGUGCUAGUGCUGGUGAUCGUGGUUUUCGUGCUAUUCUGCCUGCUGGGCUACUUCUAUCGGCCGGAAGCGGAAGAUAGCACUCGGAACCAGGACCACUUGCAGCCCGAGGCAUCCCACGAAGCUCUGCUGAGCCGUCUCAAAACCAUACUGAGCUGUCACACAGGACAAACACAGGUGCCGUGGAUUGAAUCGCACGGUGGCUACUAUCUGCUUCGUAACUUUGUCCAGGCGGAAGAGCACGUUGAGUGCUACGAAACGGUAACGUACACCACCCACGGUGACUAUACGUUCCUGGACAAUCUGAUACCGUUGCUCGAGCGUUGGCAGGCUCCGGUCAGCGUUGCACUCUACGCUCCCGGGGAUGAUCUCGAUCGUACCGUCGACCUGAUCCGUUCCCUGCUCGAAUGCCACGAACGACGUCUGCUGGUUCACCGAUUCGUAAGCUUCCAUCUGUACUUUGACUUCGAGAAUCUACCACCGCACCCGGUCAGUCACUACCGGGAGUUGAUGCAGGUACCGUACGAAUGCCAAAAUGCAACCCUACCGAUAGGCGAGAGCUUCCGGAGAGCGCACAACCUCACCUACCCGGUUAACGUGGGUCGUAAUGUGGCCCGAAGCUUGGCCACGACACACUUCGUGCUGGCGAGUGACAUCGAGCUGUACCCCAGUCCGGACUUUAUCCCGAUGUUUCUGCGCAUGAUAGCGCAUCCGUUCUACCAGUACACCCUGCACGGCACUCCUUCCGUGUACGUGCUGCCGGUGUUUGAGAUCGCUGCCGGCAGUGCGGUGCUCGAUGGGAUGCCAGAGAACAAGGCCCAACUGGUGGAGGCAUUGGGGCGCGGUGAUGCAGUCAAACUCCAUCAGGAAAUCUGCUCCAACUGUCACACGGUGCCCGACUACGAGAAGUGGCUGGGUGUGCUGAAGGACGACUACACGAUGGACAUCCUGACGACGGCGAAACGUGAGUACGAGUUCGGUUACUGGGAGCCGAUCUACGUUGGCACCAACCGUGACCCGGAAUACGACGAGCGGCUGAGCUGGGAGGGGAAGGCGGACAAAAUGACGCAGGGCUACAUCAUGUGCGUCAUGGGCUACGACUUUCACGUGCUCGACAAUGGGUUUCUGGUGCACCGACCGGGAAUCAAAACGCCGGAACAAGCGAACCGGCCACUGCUGCAGGCAAAGCAACGAUCUUUCAUACGCGAGACUAUUCACGGAGAGGUCACCGCACUGUACGGUCUGCGAGUACCAUGCAAAAUCUAGGAGGAACCGAAGACGAACCUGUUUGAAAAUAAGAGUGAGCAACUUCUAGUCAGCGGAAUAGGAAAAGAAAAUGCGCGAUCCGCUUUUUAAGUUUUGUGGUUUAUUCACAUACAUAUACACACAUACACGCAUGCCUAAGCACAGCAAAGCGUUCAGUUUUGGGAGUUUCAGAGUAUUCAGUGUUGUGCCGAGCACCUUAGGCGCAACCCGUCACGUUCUCUACGCCAUCGCACGCGUUGAUCAGUUCGUUGAACGCCUGGUCCGGUCCACAGAAGUUCACCCGUGGUCUGUCGCCCACACACAGGAAGUACUUGUUGCAGUCGUUAGGGGCGCGGAAGAACCGAACCGGUUGCACCAAGUCGGGAGCCUGCGGGGGACACCUGAAGCCAAGAUACGCUUCCGCAUCGCAAUCCUCCACCAGAUCGGGCCAAUCGCACUGAUAUGUGGCCGAGUCGAACGCCAACCCGACGGGACAGUUGAGCACGUAACCGGUACCGCCAGCACAGUUCCUAAACUGGCCACAGUUUGCCUGAUCGCCGACCUUGUAGUAACCGAACUGGUGCGGACAGUCCUCCGUCGGAAUCGGGGGUUGGGUGCGCGAUCGGCUGCCACACUCUACGUCGAUCGGAUACUGGCAGGGAUAGGUAAACAGGGAAGCCUUCUCGUUAAACAGCAGUCCAUCCGGGCAGAGUUGUCGUUUCGGUUCACCAUCCUGUCGAGAGGGCAGAUCCGUGUGAUCAAAAGGAGCAAAGACAACGAUCGAUCUUACGAUUCUUACCACACACUCAAUGUACGCGUCGCA